GAGGGAAGGGGAGCCGCGAGCGGGGGGUGAGCCUGAAGGCCGCGCGCGACCCCCGGAGCCUUCCCAGCGCUCUCAGUGUCCCCCCCAGCCCCACCUCCGGGCGAGUCCGCAGGGCCCUGGCCUCUGCUCCUCCUUCGCCUUCUCUUUGCUCCUUCUUUUGCUCUGUGGCCUUUCUCUCGGUUGCCAGAGACACCCGGGCUGCCCCGAGCCCUGGGGCGCGCGGAGAGGGCCCGCCAAGGGUGCGUGUAAGCGGGGCGGCGGGGCCAGCGCCGAGGGCCGGGGGCCGAGGGUGGGAGCGGGAGCGCCGGCGUCGAGGGCUGGAGGGGGGCGUGUGGGGAAGGCCGUCCCGCCCCUUCGAGCCGGGCCCGCGUGCGGGUAGCGAGGCGCCGUCGCGGCGCCCCCAGACCCCCAGGCGCGCUGCGAGCUAGUGUGCGUGCUUGGGAACCCGCCUCCUCGCCGGGGCUGCGAGAGUCUGGGCGGAAAGCAACCACUCGGGCCGCCCAGCCCAGCCGCCGCGCUCUCCGAGGCAUUUGGCGCCAGCCUGGCCUCGGUUCGCCAAGUCGGGCGAGUUGGAAGAGGGACGAACGUCUCAGUUUUCACUGCCCCCCGCCCCCUCCCUCGCAGCGGAGCUGCCGCAGAGCCCCCGACGCCCCUCAGCCUCGGGAGCACCGCUCUCCGGCGCGGCAGCCGGGUGGGGAGGCUUGGCCCCUAAACUCGCUCGUCCAGCCCGACCGCCCCGGCGGCUUCUCCCUGCCCUCGGGGCCGUCCUGAGCGUCCCGGAGAGGCGUCGAGCGCAGCCCCAGCUCCCGCCUCCUCGCCCGCCCUGGCACUGGAAGGGAGCUUUGGGCCCGUGCGGAUCCGGGGUCCCCCCUCGGCCUAGGACAGGCAGCUCCGGGGGCCUGGUCCACCCGGCAGCCCCCGGGAGGCCGCGGGGACGGGGCAGAGCGCGCGCCCUUGGAUGAGGUCCCGCAGCGACGCCCCGGCCCGCCCCGCUCCUCCUCCUGCCCGGCCAAGCUGCCUCCCAUUUGGGGAGUUUCGUGGGUUUUCUUUCUCCUCCUCCAACCUCUGCGGAGGCCACGACUCAGGCGCCGCAGCAGGGGGCCGCCUCCAUGGUGCGGGGCAGCCGCUGCUGAAGUCAGCGAAACCGAGCCUGGCCUGGAGCUGGCCGCGCGGAAGGCCAAGGCCAUGGCCAUAGCCACGUCGGCCCAGCUGGCCCGGGCACUGUACGAUAACACCGCCGAGUCCCCCCAGGAGCUGUCCUUCCGCCGAGGGGACGUCCUACGUGUACUGCAGAGGGAAGGCGCUGGCGGGCUGCACGGCUGGUGCCUCUGCUCCCUGCGUGGCCAGCGGGGCAUUGUGCCUGCCAACAGAGUGAAGCUCCUUCCCCCCGGCCCGGCACCCGAGCCUGGCCUCUCCCAGCCGCCGCCAGCCCAGCCUGGCUCACCACACCCAGCCCCAGAGCACGGCAAUGAGGACCAGGAGGUGUAUGUGGUGCCACCCCCAGCUCGGCCCUGUCCUACCUCGGGACCUCUGGCUGGACCCUGUCCGCCCUCCCCUGAUCCCAUCUACAAGGUCCCCAGAGGCAGUGGGACCCAACAGGCUGCCCCUGGAGAUGCCCUGGAGGUCUAUGACGUACCCCCCAGUGCCCUCCGAGUUCCCUCCAACGGCCCCUAUGACUCCCCGGCCUCCUUCUCCCGCCCUCUGGCCUGGGUUGUCCCCCAGUCCCCUGGAGAAGAUGAAGCUCCCUAUGACGUGCCUCUGGCCCCAAAGCCACAGUCAGACCUGGAGCCAGAUCUGGACUGGGAGGGGGGCCGGGAGCCAGGGCCCCCCCUCUACGCUGCCCCCUCCAACCUGAAACGAGCAUCCGCCCUGCUCAAUCUGUACGAAGCACCGGAGGAACUGCUGGCAGACGGGGAAAGCGGGGGCACUGACGAGGGCAUCUACGACGUCCCCCUGCUGGGGCCGGAGACACCCCCUUCUCCAGAGCCCCUGGCAGCCUCGGCUUCCAAUGACCUGGACGCCCUGGCCCUGCGUCUGGCCAGAAGCCCCCCACCCGCACACAGGCCCCGCUUGCCCUCAGCUGAGAGCCUGUCCCGCCGCCCUCUGCCGGCCCUGCCUGUCCCAGAGGCCCCCAGCCCUUCCCCGGCUCCCUCACCUGCUCCAGGCCGGAAGGGCAGCAUCCAGGACCGGCCUCUGCCCCCACCCCCACCCCGCCUGCCGGGCUACGGGGGCCCCAAGGUCGAGGGGGAUCCAGAGAUCGGAGAGGUGGAGGACCAUCAAGAAGGACACCACAAUGAGUAUGAGGGCAUCCCGAUGGCCGAGGAGUAUGACUACGUCCACCUGAAGGGCAUGGAUAAAGCUCAGGGAGCCAGGCCCCAGGAUAAGGCCUCCCCAGGGGAUCCUGAACUGCUGGAGAGGGGGCCACCAGAGCAGCAGGCCCAGCUGGCCCGGGCACUGUACGAUAACACCGCCGAGUCCCCCCAGGAGCUGUCCUUCCGCCGAGGGGACGUCCUACGUGUACUGCAGAGGGAAGGCGCUGGCGGGCUGCACGGCUGGUGCCUCUGCUCCCUGCGUGGCCAGCGGGGCAUUGUGCCUGCCAACAGAGUGAAGCUCCUUCCCCCCGGCCCGGCACCCGAGCCUGGCCUCUCCCAGCCGCCGCCAGCCCAGCCUGGCUCACCACACCCAGCCCCAGAGCACGGCAAUGAGGACCAGGAGGUGUAUGUGGUGCCACCCCCAGCUCGGCCCUGUCCUACCUCGGGACCUCUGGCUGGACCCUGUCCGCCCUCCCCUGAUCCCAUCUACAAGGUCCCCAGAGGCAGUGGGACCCAACAGGCUGCCCCUGGAGAUGCCCUGGAGGUCUAUGACGUACCCCCCAGUGCCCUCCGAGUUCCCUCCAACGGCCCCUAUGACUCCCCGGCCUCCUUCUCCCGCCCUCUGGCCUGGGUUGUCCCCCAGUCCCCUGGAGAAGAUGAAGCUCCCUAUGACGUGCCUCUGGCCCCAAAGCCACAGUCAGACCUGGAGCCAGAUCUGGACUGGGAGGGGGGCCGGGAGCCAGGGCCCCCCCUCUACGCUGCCCCCUCCAACCUGAAACGAGCAUCCGCCCUGCUCAAUCUGUACGAAGCACCGGAGGAACUGCUGGCAGACGGGGAAAGCGGGGGCACUGACGAGGGCAUCUACGACGUCCCCCUGCUGGGGCCGGAGACACCCCCUUCUCCAGAGCCCCUGGCAGCCUCGGCUUCCAAUGACCUGGACGCCCUGGCCCUGCGUCUGGCCAGAAGCCCCCCACCCGCACACAGGCCGGAAGGGCAGCAUCCAGGACCGGCCUCUGCCCCCACCCCCACCCCGCCUGCCGGGCUACGGGGGCCCCAAGGUCGAGGGGGAUCCAGAGAUCGGAGAGGUGGAGGACCAUCAAGAAGGACACCACAAUGA